GGGCGCACAGCUCACGGCCCGGAGGAGGCAGGAGGACCGCGGUCAUCCACGGAGCCGGCCCUCCCUGGGAGCUGAGCGGGCGACAGUACCGGGGCGCCCAGAACCCUUCCCGGCACGCGCUGCCCUCAGGACCCAGGGGACAGGCGCUGCCUCUCAGUGAUGGCGCAGAUAGUGGACGUGGUUGGCCCGGCGCCCUGGGGCUUCCGGAUCUCGGGAGGCAGAGAUUUCCACACCCCCAUCGUGGUGACCAAGGUGACUGAGCGGGGGAAAGCCGAGGCCGCUGACCUUCGGCCUGGGGACAUCAUCGUGUCCAUUAACGGGAAGAGCACAGAGGGCAUGCUGCAUGCCGAGGCUCAGAGCAGGAUCCGCCAGAGCCCCUCGCCCUUGCGGCUGCAGCUGGACCGGUCCCAAGCCGUCUCUCCGGGGUGCACCAACGGGGAUGGCUCUGUGGAGGCGAGAGCCACCCGCUUCCAGGGCUCUGCGAGGACCCAGGCCAGCAGCCAGUCCUCCCUGCGCUCCUCCUGCUCCAGCCCGGCCUCCCUCAGCCCCCGCACUGGCAGCCCCUUCUCCACCCCCAGCAGCCCGCAGCCCCCGGCCGCCGGAGAGGCAGUGAUCGGGCGCAGCUUCCAGAGCCUGGCACACGCCGCAGGCCCCCCGGCCGCCGAGCAUGCCGCCUACGAGGGCCGCCCCAGGAGUCGCCAGGCUGGCCUGGGCCGUGCUGGAGACUCAGCUGUGCUGGUGCUGCCAAGCCCGUGCCCAUCCCCGGUGGCCAGCUCCACCACCCGCAGGCUCAGUGUGGACCUCCUGGAUGAGGACUCUGAAGUCUACAAGAUGCUGCAGGAGAACCGAGAGGGCCGGGCGCCCCCCCGACAGUCCAGCUCCUUCCGGCUCCUGCAGGAAGCUCUCGAGGCUGAGGAGAGAGGUGGUGCACCUGCCAUCCUGCCCAGCUCACUGAGCCCGUCGUCCUCCCUGCCUGCCCCUCGGGCGCUGGCCACCCCACCCAGGCUGCUCACGUGUGAGAAAUGCGGCACUGGCAUCACGACCCAGGCCGUGCGCAUCCAGGAAGGCCGGUUCCGCCACCCCGGCUGCUACACCUGCACCGACUGCGGCCUGAACCUGAGGAUGCGGGGCCACUUCUGGGUGGACGACGAGCUGUACUGCGAGAAGCACGCCCGCCAGCGCUACGUGGCGCCAGCCCCCCGCAGCUCGCAGGCCUGAGCCCGGCGCUGUGCCAGGGCAGGCUGGUGCGGGGGGCCGGGGUGGUGGUGGGGAAGCGGGCGAGCUGCUCGGCGGUGAGGGCAACCAGGGCAAUGGCCCACGGGAAGCUCCGGGCUGGAGACAAGGACCAAGAAACAGGCGUGGCCAGAGGCUGACAGUGUUUGUAAAGUUUUCAGCUUAGGCGCCCUUAGAGAUCUAUAUGUGGCAAAUAAAGUGGACG